CCCAGGAUUCUGACACUUCACCACAUGUCAUUAUGGAGAGCAGUAAUGAACAUUGGCCUGUUUUGGGUUAGCGGAUGACCUUUGGAAAUGAUCCAAUAAUAUCUACUACAGACAAGCUAAAUAAACUCCAUUUGGAGUUAAGAGCCCAAAUUGUUACUUAAUUUUGAAGAUGACAGAUCCAAUCAUGGACUUCUUUGAUGAUGCCAAUCUUUUUGGUGAGACUUUAGAAGGAUUGUCAGAUGAUACGUUUGUACAACCAGGACCUGUCUCACUAGUUGAUGAAUUGAACUUGGGUGCAGAAUUUGAACCUUUGCACAUAGACUCAUUGAACCAUGUUCAAAGUACUCCAACACAUCAGAAGAUGACUGAUUUUGAACAGUUAAAUCAGUUUGACUCAAUGAAAUUUCACCAAGUUAAUCAAUCUUUUGGAAGCCCAGCUGAACAUAUGUUAUCUCCACAUUCUCAAUUUAAUUGUUCUCCUAUCCACCCCCCAAACCAACCCAAUGGUUUGUUUCCAGAUGUAGCAGAUGGCAGUCCAAUGUGGGGCCAUCAGACAGCUCCUAGCAUUUCUAAUCAAAAUGGAUCUCCUUUUCACCAACAAGGACAUUCACACUCUAUGCAUCAAAAUAAAAGCUUUGUGGCACACCCUGACUUUGCCUUAUUUCAGGCCAAUGAACAACAAACACAGUGUACUUCAUUACGCUCACAACAGAACAGAAAUAAUCUUAAUCCAGGGCAAAACUCUCUUAGCCAAUCUAAAAAUUUUAUAGAUGUUAAUGUUUCUGGUCCACAUAGAGUCAAUGUUAAUCACCCAUCUCAUAUUACUAAUGCAUCUGCUUCACAACCAUCUCAUUCAAUUCAUUUUUCUCAAACAUCAAAUCCUUCAGUACACUUCCUUAAGUGUAACAGUCAUCAAGACGGAAAUUUUAAUGGAUCAUCUCCAAAUAUGACUUCUUGUUCUGUCAGCAAUUCACAGCAGUUUUCUUCACAUUAUUCCUUUCCCAGUAAUCAUGUAUCACCCAACAGUCUCCUUCAAUCCUCUGCAGUUCUUGCACCUAAUCAUGCAAAUCAGACUUUAUCUGAUUUUACUGGAAGUAAUUCCUUUUCGCCUCAUAGGAGAAUCAAGCAAGAAUCCACUCAGCAUAUCCUAAACCCCAGUGCAUCAUUGAAUUCAAAUAAUUUCCAAAUGUUGCAUUCAUCACAUCCUCAGGGUAAUUAUAGCAGUUCAAAAUUAUCUCCUGUGCACAUGAACUUCCAAGAUCCUGUUGACUCAGGAGCUCAAAUGAGCCAUUUCAGUGAUCAUGUAGAAACCAAUGGUUUUUCAACUUUAGAAGAGAAUUUACUUCAUCAAAUGGGAUCUCAUACUGAGCCAUUUACAGGACUUGACUCAGAGGAACUUCUUCAGGAGGGUCUUCUUCCCCAAUUUGAUGAGACAACAUUUGGACAAGAUAAUUCAAAUCAUGUUUUGGAUCAUGACCUUGAUCGACACUUUACUUCCCAUCUUAUAGCACGACCUUCUGAUAUGGCUCAUACUCAGUUGCAAUAUCAGGCUCGGAGUUGGCAUUCAUCAUUUCCUAAUCAUCAGCAUUUACAUGACAGAAAUCGCCUGUGUUUACAGCGACAGCCUCCAUCUUCCAAGAAGAGUGAUGGUUCUGGGACAUAUACUAAGUUGCAGAAUACCCAGGUGAGGGUCAUGUCUGAGAAGAAGCAGAGAAAAAAAGUGGAAUCAGAAAGCAAGCAAGAAAAGGCUAAUCGUAUUAUAUCAGAGGCCAUAGCAAGAGCAAAGGAACGUGGGGAGCGCAAUAUUCCACGAGUAAUGAGUCCUGAAAACUUUCCUAGUGCUUCAGUUGAAGGAAAAGAGGAAAAGAAAGGUAGAAGGAUGAAAUCUAAACCAAAGGACAAAGACAGCAGAAAAACAAAAACUUGUUCUAAGUUAAAAGAGAAGACAAAAAUUGGCAAACUCAUUAUUUCAUUGGGUAAGAAACAAAAAAGAAAGACUGAGUCUUCAGAUGAAAUAUCUGAUGCAGAGCAGAUGCCACAACACACAUUGAAAGAUCAAGACUCUCAAAAAAGAAGGUCUAAUCGACAAAUUAAAAGAAAAAAGUAUGCAGAAGAUACAGAAGGAAAACAAUCUGAAGAAGAGGUUAAAGGGGCUAUGAAAAUAAAAAAGAAUUCAGCUCCUUUACCUGGUGAACAGCCUUUACAAUUAUUUGUGGAAAAUCCAAGUGAAGAAGAUGCUGCAAUUGUAGAUAAAAUACUAUCUUCUAGAAUUGUAAAAAAGGAAAUAUCACCUGGAGUGACGAUUGAUACAGAAGAAUAUUUUGUGAAAUAUAAAAACUACUCCUAUCUUCACUGUGAAUGGGCCACAGAACAGCAGCUGUUGAAAGAUAAAAGGAUUCAGCAGAAAAUCAAACGAUUCAAAUUGAGACAAGCACAAAGAGCACAUUUUUUUGCAGAUAUGGAAGAAGAACCAUUUAAUCCAGACUACGUUGAAGUAGACAGAGUAUUAGAAGUCUCUUUUUGUGAAGAUAAAGAUACUGGUGAGCCUGUCAUUUACUAUUUGGUCAAGUGGUGCUCAUUGCCAUAUGAAGAUAGUACAUGGGAAUUAAAAGAAGAUGUAGAUCUUGCAAAAAUAGAAGAGUUUGAACAAUUGCAAGCUGCAAGGCCUGACACAAGACAUUUGGAUCGUCCUCCCUCUAAUAUUUGGAAGAAAAUAGAUCAAUCCAGGGACUAUAAAAAUGGGAAUCAACUCAGGGAAUAUCAACUAGAAGGUCUUAACUGGCUCUUGUUCAACUGGUACAAUAGGCGAAACUGCAUUUUAGCAGAUGAAAUGGGUCUUGGGAAAACCAUUCAAUCAAUUACAUUCCUCCAUGAAAUCCUUCUGACUGGCUUAAAAGGACCUUUCCUGAUUAUUGCACCUCUUUCUACCAUUGCAAACUGGGAGAGAGAAUUUCGUACGUGGACUGAUAUUAAUGUUGUGGUUUAUCAUGGGAGCCUGAUUAGCAGACAGAUGAUACAGCAAUAUGAGAUGUACUUCAGGGAUUCACAGGGGCGUAUCAUACGAGGAGCUUACAGAUUCCAAGCUAUCAUCACCACAUUUGAAAUGAUUCUUGGGGGCUGUGGUGAGCUUAAUGCCAUUGAAUGGCGAUGUGUGAUAAUUGAUGAAGCACACAGGUUAAAAAAUAAAAAUUGUAAACUACUGGAAGGCUUGAAACUCAUGAAUCUGGAACACAAGGUCCUUUUGACUGGCACUCCUCUCCAAAAUACAGUUGAAGAACUAUUCAGUCUUCUUCAUUUUCUUGAACCUUUAAGGUUUCCUUCUGAAUCAACAUUUUUGCAAGAAUUUGGAGAUCUUAAAACAGAGGAACAGGUGCAGAAACUUCAGGCCAUUCUGAAACCAAUGAUGUUGAGGCGAUUAAAGGAAGACGUAGAAAAGAAAUUAGCACCUAAGGAAGAAACCAUCAUUGAAGUUGAGCUUACUAACAUACAAAAGAAAUACUACAGGGCUAUUUUGGAGAAGAACUUUUCAUUUUUAUCCAAAGGAGUAGGACAAACUAAUGUACCUAACUUGGUCAAUACCAUGAUGGAGCUCAGAAAAUGCUGUAAUCAUCCAUAUCUUAUUAAAGGUGCCGAGGAAAAAAUACUUGGUGAAUUUAGAGAUACAUAUAAUCCAGCUGCUUCUGAUUUUCACCUUCAAGCAAUGAUCCAGUCUGCUGGUAAAUUGGUUUUAAUUGACAAAUUGCUUCCCAAAAUGAAAGCAGGAGGUCAUAAAGUACUCAUCUUCUCUCAGAUGGUUCGCUGCCUUGAUAUCCUGGAAGACUAUCUCAUACAUAAAAGAUAUUUAUAUGAGCGAAUUGAUGGAAGAGUCAGAGGGAAUCUCCGACAAGCUGCAAUAGAUCGAUUUAGUAAACCUGAUUCAGAUCGAUUUGUUUUUCUCCUUUGUACCCGAGCUGGUGGGCUGGGCAUCAAUUUAACUGCAGCUGAUACAUGUAUAAUUUUUGAUUCUGAUUGGAAUCCUCAAAAUGACCUUCAGGCCCAAGCUCGUUGCCACAGAAUUGGUCAGGACAAAGCAGUUAAAGUCUACAGAUUAGUAACUCGUAACUCCUAUGAGAGAGAGAUGUUUGACCGGGCCAGUCUGAAACUUGGCCUUGAUAAAGCUGUGCUACAGAGCAUGAGUGGAAGAGAAAGUAAUGUUGGUGGUAUUCAGCAGCUUUCUAAAAAGGAAAUAGAAGAUUUGCUUAGAAGAGGUGCUUAUGGUGCCAUUAUGGAGGAGGAAGACGAAGGCUCCAAAUUCUGUGAAGAGGACAUUGAUCAGAUUUUAUUACGCCGUACAAAAACUAUUACUAUUGAGUCAGAAGGUCGUGGGUCAACAUUUGCCAAGGCAAGUUUUGUGGCAUCUGGAAACAGGACAGAUAUUUCCUUGGAUGAUCCCAAUUUCUGGCAAAAAUGGGCUAAGAAAGCAGAAAUCGAUAUAGAUACCCUCAGUGGCAGAAAUAGCUUGGUUAUUGACACUCCAAGAAUUAGGAAGCAAACAAGACCCUUUAGUGCCACAAAAGAUGAAUUGGCUGAAUUAUCUGAAGCUGAAAGUGAAGGAGAUGAAAAACCUAAACUUCGGAGACCCUGUGAUCGCUCCAGUGGCUAUGGAAGAACUGAAUGCUUUAGAGUAGAGAAAAACCUGCUAGUUUAUGGAUGGGGCCGAUGGAGAGAGAUUCUUUCUCAUGGACGUUUUAAAAGGCAGCUAAAUGAGCAUGAUGUAGAAAUAAUUUGCCGCGCUCUUUUAGCAUAUUGUCUCAUUCAUUACCGAGGAGAUGAAAAAAUUAAAGGUUUCAUCUGGGAUCUCAUUACACCAACUGAAGAUGGACAGACACGUGAGCUACAAAAUCAUCUAGGCCUGUCAGCUCCUGUGCCCAGGGGUCGGAAAGGGAAGAAAGUAAAAACUCAAACAAGCUCAUUUGACAUACAAAAAGCAGACUGGCUUCGAAAAUACAAUCCUGAGCAACUACUUCAAGAUGAAGGCUACAAAAAACAUAUUAAACACCACUGUAAUAAGGUUUUGCUUCGUGUGAGGAUGCUAUAUUAUCUAAAGCAAGAAGUUAUUGGAAGUGAGUGUCAGAAAGUAUUUGAUGGAGUUGAUGCAAGUGACAUUGAUGUUUGGGUACCAGAACCAGAUCAUUCAGAAGUUCCUGCUGAUUGGUGGGACUUUGAUGCUGACAAGUCACUCCUUAUCGGAGUAUUUAAACACGGUUAUGAAAAAUAUAACACUAUUCGAGCAGACCCAGCAUUAUGCUUCUUGGAAAGAGUGGGAAAACCUGAUGACAAAGCAGUGGCUGCAGAACAGAGAGCAAAUGAUUAUAUGGAUGGAGAUGUUGAAGAUCCAGAAUAUAAACCUGCUCCUGCCAUCUUUAAAGAUGAUAUAGAGGAUGAUGUUUCCUCACCUGGAGAUCUCGUUAUAGCAGAUGGAGAUGGUCAAGUGAUGGAAGGGGAUAAAAUUUAUUGGCCUACUCAGUCAGCAUUAACCACAAGGCUGAGACGUCUCAUCACUGCCUAUCAGCGAACUAAUAAAAACAGACAAAUCCAGCAGAUACAACCCACCUUCUCAGUGCCUGCCAGCGUGACUCAGCCUAUUUGUGAAGAAACUACUCUUAGUCCUAAAAUGGCAGCCAAGAUAGAGAGGCAGCAGAGAUGGACAAGAAGAGAAGAAGCUGAUUUUUAUAGAGUUGUAUCUACAUUUGGAGUAGUUUUUGACCCUAACAGAGGCCGAUUUGAUUGGACAAAAUUUCGAGCUAUGGCCCGACUACACAAGAAAACUGAUGAUAGUUUGGAAAAAUAUUUGUACUCAUUUGUUUCGAUGUGUCGGCGGGUUUGUCGUCUUCCUUCCAAAGAUGAAUUGGUGGAUCCAAAUAUUUUUAUCCAACCAAUCACAGAAGAACGUGCUUCGAGGACUUUGUAUCGCAUUGAACUUCUAAGAAAAGUACGGGAACAAGCCCUUCGACAUCCACAGUUGUUUGAACGCUUGAAGCUCUGCCAUCCAAAUCCAGAUUUACCAGUCUGGUGGGAAUGUGGCCUUCAUGAUAGGGAUUUGCUUAUUGGUGCUGCUAAACAUGGGGUGAGCCGAACAGACUAUCACAUUCUUCGUGAUCCUGAACUCUCCUUUAUGGCAGCUCAAAGGAACUACAGUCAAAGUAAGAUGGCGCAUUCAAGAACUUCUACCCCACUUUUACAGCAAUAUCAAGUAGCACUUUCUGCUUCUUCUCUUACCUCUCUGCCUAGGCUCCUAGAUGCUAAAGGUAUUCUAGAGGAUAUAAAAGUGAAAAAUGAAAACGUUAAAGAAGAGCCUCCUUCUUCUGAAGAAGAAUCUAUGUCUUCUGUGGAUACCAGGACAAUAAUAAAGUCUGAGCCUGUAAGUCCAAAGAAUGGAAUUUUGUCACAGGCUGCUGAAGACCAGAAAUCUGGUGGAAAAGGUGAAACAGACAGACGCAUGGUUUCAGCCAGAACAGAACCUCUUACUCCAAACCCAGCUUCUAAGAAACAGAGAAUCCACAAAAGAGGAUCAGAGUCUAGUUCUGAUUCUGACUCUGAGUCUGAGAGAUCAUCCUGUUCUUCCAGAUCAUCAUCUUCUUCGUCUUCCUCCUCUUCUUGUUCCCAUUCUCGAUCAGGCUCUAGUUCUUCUUCAUCCUCAUCUUGUUCUUCAGCAUCUUCAUCUUCCUCCUCCUCAUCAUCAUCGUCAUCAUCUUCUUCUUCUUCAUCAGAAGAAAGUGACAGUGAAGAAGAGGAAGUCCAAAAGCGAGAAGGUACUCCUCACAUGAAAGCUUAUGAUGAAGAAAGUGUUGCAUCACUGAGCACUACACAGGAUGAGACCCAGGAUAGUUUCCAAGCUAACAACGGGACUCCAGAGUCUGCUUACCUCUUACAAGGUGGAUACAUGCUGGCAGCCUCAUAUUGGCCAAAGGAUCGGGUGAUGAUCAACCGGUUGGACAGUAUUUGUCAAACAGUUCUUAAAGGGAAGUGGCCUUCAGCUAGAAGAAGUUAUGAUGCUAACACAGUGGCUUCUUUCUAUACCACAAAACUGCUGGACAGCCCUGGAGCAGCUACAGAAUAUAGUGAGCCCAGUGUUCCCACUCCCCCAGGUGCUGGUGUCAAAGAAGAACAAGACCAGUCAACACAAAUGUCAAAGGUGAAGAAGCAUGUACGAGAAAAGGAGUUUACAGUGAAAAUCAAAGACGAAGGUGGUUUGAAGUUGACAUUUCAGAAGCAGGGGCUUGCUCAGAAAAGACCAUUUGAUAGUGAAGAUGGUGCUCUGGGGCAACAACAGUACCUCACCCGACUUCGGGAGCUUCAAAGUGCAUCAGAGACAAGCCUGAUCAAUUUUCCAAAAUCUAUGCCUCUGUCAGGUACCUCCAUUCAGUCAACAUCUGGUGCCAAUGGAGUAAUACUAGAUAACCAGCCUCUGGUCAAGAAAAGACGAGGAAGGAGGAAGAAUGUAGAAGGUGUCGACAUCAUGUUUUUUAACAAGAAUAAACCACCUAAUCAUGUUACUUUAAGCUUAACCACCUCACAGAUUUCCCCAGGACUAAAUCCAGCCCUAUCCUAUACUCAACCUCAAAGAAUUCCAGAUACAGAAAGUCCAGUUCCCGUUAUUAAUCUUAAAGAUGGAACAAGACUUGCAGGAGAUGAUGCACCGAAGAGAAAGGAUUUGGAAAAAUGGCUUAAAGAGCACCCAGGUUAUGUGGAAGAUUUAGGAGCUUUUAUUCCUAAAAUGCAACUACAUGAGGGAAGGCCUAAACAAAAAAGGCAUCGUUGUAGAAAUCCCAAUAAACUUGAUAUUAAUAGCCUUACUGGAGAAGAACGUGUUCAGCUGAUUAACAGAAGAAAUGCCAGAAAGGUUGGAGGUGCAUUUGCUCCCCCUUUGAAAGAUUUAUGUAGAUUCUUAAAAGAAAAUUCAGAAUAUGGAGUAGCUCCUGAAUGGGGAGAUGUUGUUAGACAAUCUGGGUUUCUUCCAGAAAGUAUGUAUGAACGCAUUCUCACCGGUCCUGUUGUAAGAGAGGAAGUGAGCCGGCGAGGGAGACGACCUAAAAGUGGAAUUGCAAAGGCCACCGCAGCAGCAGCAGCAGCAGCAGCAGCUGUAUCUGCCACCAAUGUUACAGGCAAUCCUUUGUUAACCAAUGGAUUACUCCCAGGUGUGGAUCUAACAACUCUUCAGGCCUUACAACAAAACCUGCAAAACUUGCAGUCACUGCAAGUUACUGCUGGGCUUAUGGGAAUGCCUGCUGGCCUUUCUUCAGGAGGAGAUAGUAAAAACAUGGCUGCUAUGUUCCCCAUGCUGCUGUCAGGAAUGGCUGGAUUACCAAAUCUGUUGGGCAUGGGAGGACUCCUGACAAAAUCUGCAGAAUCUGGGGCAGAAGAAAAAAAGGGAAAUGUUUCCAAGGAGCUAGAAUUAAAAAAAGAAAGGACAGAGAGCCAAAAUCCAGAGAAUGGUGGAGAAAACUCUGUGUCAAGUUCUCCUUCAACUUCCUCUACUGCUGCAUUAAAUACAGCUGCAGCUACCAACCCUUUAGCUCUUAACCCACUAUUACUAUCUAAUAUACUUUAUCCAGGGAUGCUUCUCACUCCAGGCCUUAAUCUUCAUAUUCCAACCUUGUCCCAGUCUAAUAAUUUUGAUGUACAGAAAAACAAAAACAGUGACUUAGGCUUGUCUAAGUCUGUAGAAGAAAAAGAAGAAGAUUCCAGAGUUAAAGAUCAGGAAGGCAAGGGGGGACCUGAACCUAGUCCUCUCAAUGAAAACAGCACAGAUGAGGGUUCAGAGAAAGCAGAUGCUUCAUCAGGGUCGGAUAGUACAUCAUCGUCCUCGGAGGAUUCCGAUUCUAGUAAUGAAGACUGAUUUCCAGACUGCACUUAAAUUAUGAACUGAUUUUCAGAUUUUUCUUUAAUUAUUAAUUGUAAAUAUCCCAGUGUUGAGUGCAUCAAUAAGUUACUGAUGGAACAUUUCAGUUAUUUGUUUAGAAGUGCAAACUGCUUUCAGAGACAUUUUGCAUGUAAUAUUUCUUAAGAUUCAUAAGUUUCUGAACUCGUAUGUACUAUCAAAUACAUAAUGGUAUAAAAUUACAACAAAAGGCAUUAUAAUUUUGUUGGGGGUUAAUUUUAUGAAAAUUAUGCUCAAUAAGAGUUGUAUAUUUAAUAUAUUUGCAGUGAACACAGAAUACUUUAUGCAUAUUACUGAUUUAAUUUUGAGUAUAGUUUUACAGCCUCCUUGACACCUAUCAUUUACAGAUCAAAACUCAGCAAUAAUUUGGGCAGCUAAUGAAUGUCAUGAAAGCUGUAGAAUCUACAUCACCAUCCAUUGCUUUAAUUACAUGAAAAUGCUCUAGUGUUGUGAUGCACUGCUGAUGUUUCCAAUUCAGGUACAAGUAUGUUUUAAAGAAGAAAUAAGUUUCCCAAUCAGCCAAUUUAACUGGCUACCUGUUACCUCAGCUGAGUUAGUUUAGGAAGUUUACAUUCAUUUCUAAUUCUGUACUUGUUUUCAGGGGUUUUUUAAACACAUAUAUCAUUAAUCUGGCAAAGAAUAUGACUUGUUUUUUGCUGAGCUUCAUUUGAACUCAGUAAAAUUAAGUCAUACAAUAAUCUUGUGUCAUGUAACUUUGGCACCCUAUAGGCAUAGAUGUAACUUUUCAAAGUUUGGCCUCCUAUUAAAAAUAAUUAUGUCUCAGAUGAGAAAUGUCUUUUUCCAGGGUUCAGAAAGGGCAAACUCAUGAAAUGCCACUGAGAAAAACUUUCAACACAGCAUACUUCAUGUAAAAGAAAUUGUUUGUUCACUUUAUUUGUGCAGAUUUCUAUUUUGUGUUUUAAUGUCACGGAAAUAUUCCAAAAUAACUGAUAAUAGUGGUAAAGUAGUGUGCAUAGUCUGAAUUCAUUUUGAGUUUCUAGGUGUAAGCAGAUUAAAUGUUGCCCUGAAUCAGUGUUGGGUUAUCAGUUUAUAGUUAAUAUACUGCGCUACCCAUUUUGAAGAUGCACUUUGAAUUAUCUCAAAAAGCUAUACCUAUAAACUACAAAAAUGAACUUCAAAGCUUCUGAUCGAUUUCUUAGAAUCCUUUACCAUGUAAAAUCUGGUAUUUGUCUGGUAUUUGAUUUCAGUACAAUUUUUCCUGCUAAAGCUGCUAUUAUUCUGACAGGUAGAGGUCCAGACUCACCUUCAUUGAAAGCAAUCAUAACUGAAUUAAACAAAAAUUAUUUACAAUUGAAGGAGAGAUGAAUUUUUGCAUUUUCCUGGUACCCAAAUCAGUCAGUGAUGAAGUUUGCAAGGAGGGGGAUACCUCAAUUCUCUCCUUUAGGAAACAGGAAAAACAAAAAACCCUUCAAUAUGUUUUGAUAGAACUGUUUUGUCAUGAAUUAAGCAAUUGUAUUAGGUUUUCCAAGACCUUUACCAGUAAAUUUUGUUUCUAUAUGUAAAAUAAAUAGCCCUUUAUUAGAGAUACAGUGUUAUAUGUAUUUACAAAAUUAUAUAAGUUCCAUUGGGAUUGUAUUGAUUUUUGUAUUUUCCCAAAGUAGUAAUUUGAAUUGAUAGUCCUUUAUGCAACAUCUUAGCAAUAGUCACUAUAAUGCCCAUCCAGGAGAAGUGGGUAGUAAUCAUCCAUCAUGGAAAUGAUAUAUUACAUUCUAGUAUCUUCCCUUUGCAGUAUUGCACUUUCAUUUAACUAGAACACACCUAUGAGAUAGCCAAAGUUUUUCAACCCAGUUAACUUAGUUUGCCAAUGGAGUAUUUCAGCACCAUUCAUAUUUCCCUUUCUUCCUCUAGUUUUACCCAUAUGAUUUUUAUUCCUUUCUUCCCUCAAUUAAAAAGAAAAAGGAAAAAAAAUCCUAGAUCUUAUCACUAAAGUCUAAUUUAUAGCAAAUCUAUGAGAUAAAGUAUUUUCCUAAUUAUAAUCAAAUGGAUUUGGUUAACAUCCUAGUAAUUCUCUUUAUAUGUAAUAAGGCAAUUACAGUUUUCAAAGCAUUAAGGCUAAUGUUAACUUAAACAUUCUCUUGGGUUUCAAGGCAUUUCUUUGUAGUAUUGAUGGGGGGGAAAGUUGUUCAGGUAUAUCAGCUAAGAAAAAUAACAUGCAGAUAAGGUUGUGUAAAGUUAAGGGUUAUAAAGAGAAAAGAAUCAAUAGAAUUACAUAAAACUAAAGUGAGUUGAAAGGAUAUCCAAGUAUGUGUUGGUAGUUACUAAAAGACUUAUAGCUGUUAUUGCCUUGUAUUUAUAGCCCUUGUUCAGGUUUCAUGAUUUAAGUCUUAGUCCAAUUUUUCUUUUGGACAUUUGCAAUAUUUACCAGUUGUGUUUUGUGUAGUCUGAAUUUGCUUUCUGUAGUUGAGCAAACGUCUUUAAAGUCAUUUGUAAUUUAUUAAAUUACUUUCUAUGAUGUUCUAUAGAGCAAAUUGAAGUUUAAUUAUUUUUUAUUAAACAUAUUCUUUGACUACCCAUGA